CGCGCCCCCUCAGAGCCGAGUCCGGGGGCUCCGCUCCUCCCUCACAGCCGGGUCCGGGUCUGAGGGCUCCGCUCCUCCCUCACAGCCGAGUCGGAGUCCGGGUCCGAGUCGGAGUCCGAGUCCGGGUCCUCCUUUCUCCGCUCCCUGAGCGCCGGGUCCUGCCGACCUCUCUCAGAGCCGGGCAGUCAGAGAUUAGCUCUUUGUCCCAUCCCUGCUGGUAUCUGGGAGCUGCCUGUGUUCACAGCUUUGCCGAAGAAAUAUAGUUAUUUUGUUUUGUGGAGUAACACUGAUUCUGAGAAAUGGACAACAACGUUUAUCAAGUUUAUGAAGAUGAAAUCCAGGCACUGGAAGAAGAAAUAAAACUAUUGACAGAAAAGUACGAAGAUAUCCAGCAAGAAUCCACCUUUUUUUCUGAGGAGGAGAUAUUGAAGUCAAUAAAAUCAUUCCAAAGAGAAACGCAGGGAGAAUCCAAGGGACAUGAAUCUCCAUCAGACCUGAAAGCUCAACUUGAAAGUCUAGAAACAGAUCUGUCCUUUUUGAUGAAACUUACUGGUUUUCAGUUCACAAGUCAUUCCAAGAAAACAAUGGAAAAAACUAGAGACAGAACAGUGCAGAAGCACAGGUUGUCUGGGAAUUGUCACUCCCUGUCUUUUCAACUGGAAUUCCAGCUUCUUGAAGUGCAGAGCAAAGAGAAGGUGUCUUCUGUUAUUAGUGAUCUCAACAUCGUAAUGGAAUCUGGAGAAGAUUCUGGUAUGAGCAAGUUUCUGUCAAGCGUUGAAGAACGUGGAAAUCUUGCAACGUUUUUCAGAAGCCUUUCAACUUACGCGGAGUGGUUUGAGCAUCGCAGACGCACCUUCCUGCACUUCAAGGCCAAGUAUCCUGAGGUCGUGACCCUUCCAGAAGGACUGCAGGGAGAUCAUAUCAUUCUGAGGAACCCCAAAGUUCCUGGGUUUGAAUUGAUGAUUGUUUGGAAGAUCCAUCUGGAUGAAGAAGGGACAACUACACCUGUCCUGGACCUGCUGACCAAAGUCCCAGAGCAAGUCCUGGAGCAGAAGAUGACAAGAGUUGAGAGUGUCCCCGCCCGCUUCCGGAGCAUGGUGCUGCUCCUGGGCAUCGAGGCAGCCUUGGAGAACCUGGUCAAGGUGCUUGAAUGAAUGCCAGCAUUACUUACAGC